AUGGUUGAAAUAUCUUACAAUUUGUCAGGUGGAUCCGCUUCAAUUUGGAUUGGUGUUUAUUGUAGCAUUUUGCUUGUCGAACUUCACCUUGGUGUGCUCAGUUUACUUCUCUUUCUAUACGAAACGCUGUUCAUCGCGGGCGUUCUCAUUUUGAUUUAUUGGCGUUUUCAUUACUCUCAACCUCAUCCGAAAAAGGAAACAAAUGCAAAGCACAAAAUCAUCAACAAUCUUUCGGCAGUUGAUAUUCUUUAUCGUGAGGAAAAGAGAGAAGUUAUUAUCGAAAUCGACGAAGAGCGAGUUCUAGGUGAUAGUGAGAUCGCAAACGUUGAAUCGGAAGAGGAACUAGAAGACGAGCUAGAAGAUCCAUUUUUGGCGAUUUUGAAUCAAUUGAAUGAGGAAGACGCGGGAAAUGAAUCCGAGCCGCCGAAGGAGAUUCGAUGCACACAAGUUGGUUCGGUGACGAAUUGGACGUGGUCUCCAUCAGGUCGAUAUGGCGUUUGGUUGGGUGGAAUGGCGCUCGAAAAGGAUGAGAGACUUGUGAUCUUCGAUGUUUUCACCAAAGAGAUUCACGAGUACGAUUGGGGAGGAGUUGAUUUCCGAGAUUAUAUUUUUUCGUUUUACUGGUUGAACGACAGCACUCUCAUUGUUAUGGAUUAUGAUGCAUUGAAUCGAAAGAUGCGAAGAGGUACCCAGUAUCAAAAUCAGUGUAAAGGAUUUGAGCCGCAAAGAAGCGCACAACUUGAUGAACAUUCACAGUUUCAUCAAAGAGCGAUUGAGAUUGAUCAUGAGAAAAAGGAGAUGAAAGAUCUAAUGUCAAAAUCGUAUGAUGUGCCGAGGAUUUUGUACGAUCAAUCAAAUUGGAUUCCCCGCGAUCAUCCCUACAUCUCUCGGUACUCGAUUUCCCACGUCGCCAACAAUCAUCCUAUCACUAUUUUUGGACAAGAGUACAUCUGUUUUCCAUUCCUUGUCAAGCAUCGUCCAAUCGAUUUGCAAAUAAUCAAAAUCCAUCUUCAAUUCAUUCGCCACGAUUUUUUUGUUCUCAAUGAAUUUGAUGGAAACAUUUCGACAAUGCUGGAAUCUUUUAUCGUCGGGAACAAGCUUUACUUCUUUUCGUUUGACAAUCAUUUAGGAGACAAUGAUGACUAUGUUCCUGAACGUUUCUUUUGGGUAAACAUCGAGGAAGUAAUUUUGAAUAAAGUGACCGAUAUUCGGGCUCCAAUUCCUGGGAUUUGCGAAUUUCAGCCUAUUCGCUAUACAAAUCGUCUCCCGGAAUGGCAAAUGCUGCAUUUGCCGCGUUUUUGUCAAAAAGGAUUCGAGAUUUGCCUUUACAAACCGGAUGAAGAGGGCAAUCUUGUCGUGAUCAAUACGAAAACUGGAGCCGCAAAGAUGGUUCAGCUCAAUCUCGAGACAAUAUUGCCAGAUGAUUUUUCGAUUUUCGUUUCUUAUUCCCCAUUUGGAGACUUUUGGCUUUUUAUUGUUGAAAGUUUUAUGAAAGAUCCGUCACGAUCGAGAGAGAGACAAUACAGUAUUAAAGCCUAUGGACGAGUCAAAAGACUUGAGUUUCCCAAAUUGCUUCCACUUGAGACAAUGGCCAAGAGAGCACUCUUCACGAUGGAGAUUCCGAUCGAACUUUUGAGGGAAAUCUGGAUAAAUCGAAGCGCUGGAUAUAGGAUUUCUUUC